AAAGCAAAAGAGCCAAUGGCCGGGCAGGAGAGGAAAAUGGACGCGUGAGAGAAUGAACGUCGCUUGGGACGCGCCGCCCUCGAAGCUUCCCCUCCUCAAGAUGGCGGCGGCGGCGGCGGUGGACGAGGCGCGGGGAAGAUUGGCUAUGAAAGACAAAGCCACAUUGCAGUUAAUGAAACUGGAUGUUGGAGACAAAUUUUCUCAUAUACCACUACCAAAAGCCUCCGUUCUGAUCCCAUUGACCAUUAAAGAUGGAAAGCUGUGCGUUCUUUUCACUCUCAGAUCAAUGAAGCUGAGAAGAUCACCUGGGGAGGUGUGUUUUCCAGGGGGCAGAAGUGAACCAGCAGAUAAAGAUGAAGUUGCUACCGCUCUGCGAGAGGCCGAAGAAGAAAUUGGCCUCCGUCCUGAACAGGCUGAAGUCAUCUGUAGGCUUGUCCCCUUGAUAGAUAAAACUAAUUCAUUAGUAACGCCAGUUGUUGCCUUUAUAGAAGACACAUUCCAAGCCUAUCCUAAUCCAGAAGAAGUCAGUGAUGUGUUCUUUGUGCCCCUGGAGUAUUUUAUCAGUCCUUCAAAGUACAAAGCCAUGACUUUUCAAAAUGGAAACUUUACAUACGUGAUACAUACAUUUGAAUACGAUGACCCAGAGCACAAGACUACAUUUACGAUAUGGGGACUUACUGCACAGUUUGCGAUCUAUGUAGCUCUUGCAAUUUUUGGAGAGAAACCAACAUAUAAAGUUAACUAUGAUCUUGACACCUUGAAAUCUUCUGCUGAGAACAAUUUCAUGGAGCAGUGGAACUGGGCAAGAAGCAAAUUGUGACUGGUGCAAAAUUCCCCCUGUGAGCCUUAAUCUCUAAUUUAAAAUCAUCUACUGAUUUAAAUAUAUUUGUACAUUAGAUUUACAGAUACAAAAUUUUAUGGAUGCACUUUUGCAAUACACAUGUCUUCAUGUGAUUGUGUUAAAUAAAUGGGCCAGUAUGAACUUCAUACUCUAGUAACCUUUUCUCUAUUACGUUUCCAUCAAAAGGAUUAUACAUACUAGUUCUUCAGGAUGAUAUCCUAAGUCUUUAUUUAUUAUUAUACGGUCAUAGACCUGAAAAUACAAAGAUAAAAACAUUAUAUAAGAUAUACAGAAUACGUAAGCUGUUAAAACAUAUCAGCAGUAUAAAACUUGAGUCAUCUGGUUGUCUUAGUAUAUUUUACGAAUUCUUAAAACUGAGAAUAAAAAUUUAGCCACCGA